CCGAACCAGUGUCAUGUAAAAAUCACUAACUCACGUCACAAGUCAUAACCUGAAAAUCCAUUCUGCUUCUUUCCUAUUCUAGAUAAGAGUCUGAUUAUUUUUUUUGUGUGGAUGCUACAGAGAUGAAUAGAAAUGGCUACCGGAGAAAACAGAACCGUGCCGGAAAAUCUGAAGAAACACCUCGCAGUUUCAGUUCGAAACAUUCAAUGGAGCUAUGGAAUAUUUUGGUCUAUCUCUGCUUCUCAACCAGGAAUGCUGGAAUGGGGAGAUGGAUACUACAAUGGAGACAUUAAGACGAGGAAGACGAUUCAAGCAGUGGAAGUCAAAGCUGACCAGUUGGGUCUUGAGAGAAGCGAGCAGCUUAGAGAGCUUUAUGAAUCUCUCUCGCUCGCGGAUUCCUCAGCCUCCGGUGGCUCUCAGGUCAGUAGACGAGCUUCCGCUUCGGCUCUCUCUCCUGAAGAUCUCACCGACACCGAGUGGUACUACCUAGUAUGCAUGUCUUUCGUCUUCAACAAUGGUGAAGGAAUAACGGGAGGAGCAUUAGCAAACGGAGAACCAAUAUGGCUAUGCAACGCUCAUACCGCCGAUAGCAAAGUCUUCACUCGCUCUCUUCUGGCUAAAAGUGCUUCGCUUCUGACAGUAGUUUGCUUCCCAUUUCUUGGAGGAGUCUUUGAGAUUGGCACAACCGAACAUAUUACAGAGGACUUGAACGUGAUACAAUGCGUGAAGACGUUAUUCCUUGAAGCUCAUCCUUAUGGAACUAUAUCAACGAGAUCUGAUUAUCAAGAAAUAUUUGAUCCUCUAAACAGCGAUAAGUACAUUCUUGGAACUGAAGCUUUUCCCACAACUUCUACAAGUGGGUUUGAACAAGAACUAGAGGAUCAUGAUUCGUUUAUCAACGGUGGUAGUGCGUCUCAGGUACAAAGCUGGCGGUUUGUGGGUGAAGAACUCAAUAACUGCGUUCACCAACCGCUUAACUCUAGCGAUUGCGUUUCCCAGACGUUAGUUGGAACAACCGGGAGAGUUUCUUGCAAUCCAAGAAAGAGUAGGACUCAACGGUUAAGUCAAAUCCAAGAACAGAGUAACCGUUUGAAUAUGGACGAUGAUGUUCAUUACCAAGGCGUGAUCUCGACGAUAUUCAAAACAACGCAUCAGCUCAUUCUUGGACCGCAGUUUCAGAACUUUGAUAAGCGGUCAAGUUUCACGCGCUGGAGGCGGUCGUCAUUAUCAGCAAAAACGUUGGGAGAGAAGUCGCAAAACAUGAUAAAGAAGAUUAUUUUCGAGGUUCCUCGGAUGCACCAGAAGGAGUUGUUGUUACCAGACACACCCGAAGAUAACAUGUUUAAGGUUGGGGAUGAAACCGGGAACCACGCCUUGACCGAGAGGAAACGCCGAGAGAAGUUGAACGAUCGGUUCAUGACGUUGAGAUCAAUCAUUCCUUCGACUAGUAAGAUCGAUAAAGUGUCGAUUCUUGAUGAUACGAUUGAUUAUCUUCAAAAACUGCAAAGACGGGUUCAAGAACUGGAAUCUUGCAGAGAAUAUACCGAUACAGAGAUGCGAAUGCCUACGAAAAGGAAGAAAUCGGAAGAUGAAGAUGAGAGAGCAUCGGCUAAUUGUUUGAACACCAAGAGGAAGGAGAGUGAUGUGAAUGUAGGAGAGGAUGAACCAGCUGAUACCGGUUACGCUGGUUUAACUGAUAAUCUAAGGAUCGGUUUGUUUGGCAAUGAGGUGGUUAUUGAGCUUAGAUGUGCUUGGAGAGAAGGGAUAUUGCUUGAGAUAAUGGAUGUGAUUAGUGAUCUCAAUUUGGAUUCUCACUCGGUACAGUCCUCGACCGGGGACGGUUUACUCUGCUUAACCGUCAAUUGCAAGCAUAAAGGGACAAAAAUAGCCACAACAGGGAUGAUCCAAGAGGCACUUCAAGGAGUUGCAUGGAUAUGUUAAAGACUUCACGGUUUAGAUUGACAGAAUUAGUUUUUAUUCUGUUUUGGUUUUCCGAUCUAAUGUACUCAGUGAUUCAAACUGGAUUUUGUGAUUUUGAAUUUUUUGAAGAUCAUUUAGAAUUCUGGUAAAA